AUGCGAGAAAAAUCUCUUCCUCUCAAUCAUCCAGAUUUUGGUAGUAUUUAUAAUAAUAUUGGAACGGCUUAUAGUUCAUUAGGCGAUGAUCAAACUGCACUUUCAUAUUAUCAAAAGACUCUUGAAAUUCAAGAAAAAAUUCUUCCUUCUACACAUGUAGAUUUAGCUAUUAGCUAUGGCAACAUUGGUACAAUACACAGUUCAAUGGGAGACCAUUUGAAAGCACUUGAAUUUCAUGAAAAAUCUCUCAAAAU